AAUUCCUUCCAAUUAGUCUUUCCUGAGAAUUAAUACUAAUCAGAUUACAAAAAUAAAAAACAUAUCGAUGCGUUAAGUGAGACAAACUCAAACAAAGGCAUAGAUAUGCCUCACUGUAAAAUGAACGCAUUUUCAGCAAGCUCUUCGCUAAAACGAAGCAUUUCUUCUAUGUCUGAAGGCUGAGUGAGAGUUGCAGGUUAAUCAUUUCUAUUGGCAGAACUUAACUGAUUGUUUGAUUAUUUAUCGAAAUUGAGCUAGAUUUUGUAACAUUGUUCUGAAAUAUGUUGAUUUUUACGAAAUAGAAUGAUGUGUGUUUUCAUCGUUUCCUGAGCAGUCAUUCAAAGCACUUUAGUGCCAGCUGCAUUAUAGAUAGAGGUAGCUUAUAUUUCUCAUCACAUAUGCAGAGAAACAGGGGUGGUUAAUUGCUUCAAAUUGGUUUAUUCGCAUCGGGAAAGAACAGGGCCUAGGCGCAAGAAGAACAGAAAUUGAACAACUGGCUGUUUCGACCGACGAAAUCAGCUAAAAUGUGUGCUCAUUCCUGUCGGAGUCACAGUUCAAAUCAACACAAGAACGAUGAGCGAUAGACAUAAAACACUGAAUUGAUGUAUCAUGGGCGACAACAGCACAACGUCUCCUACUCCUUCCCAGGCUUCUGCUCUGACAGCCGGCAAUGUUGGUCUCAUUUUAUAUCUGUCUUUCUUGGUUGUAAUUGCUUUGUUUGGAAAUGGCCUGUUGUUAACAGUAAUUGUCAAGAGGCAACUUCUACAAAACGUUCAUUACUAUUUCAUACUCAGCCUAGCUACGUCAGAUUUCCUGAACGCUUUGUUGAAGAUUCCCACCACUAUUCUUGGAAAAUUUGAUCGCGGCUGGUAUCCAAGUUACAUCAUCUGCUACUUUACUACUCCUCUAGGGGUACUUUUUGGUGCAGCGUCCGUUUUCAGUUUGUCAGCGGUAGCCGUCAAUAGAUACUUUGUAAUUUCGUCACCGCUGAAUUACUCGGACAGAAUGCCGCCUUUACUAGCCAAGAUCAUUCUGGCCGUGAUUUGGCUCAGCAGUUUUUGUCUCGCGACUCCACCUGUGUUGUGGAGGGAAAAAGAAGCAAUCUGCCGUAGUGGAAACAUCUCGAAAGAACAUUACACUUCUGAAGUGUUGUAUUUUUUUCUAGCGUUAUGGCUAUUUGUGAUCCUGAUUCCAAGCAUAGUUAUGAGCGUGUCGUACGUGAAAAUUUAUUUGAUCGCUCGUUAUCAUGCUUUACAAAUAGACUCACAAAACCAGGCCAGUACACUGUGCCAACAGACAAAGAAAAGACGAAAGGAUUUCAAAGCUGCUGCGGUGUUAGCCGUGAUUGGUGGAAUUUUCAUCCUUUGCUGGUUUCCUUUCUUCGUCGUGCAGACUGUUCACAAGUUUGGUAAAAGUAAAAUCAGUCCGAUCUAUUUUAACGUUUUCUUAUGUGUCAUGUAUACAAACUCGGCGUUAGACCCUAUUCUGUUGUUUCUUUUUAAUGCCGAGAUACGAAGAGCAUUGAUAAAAAUGCUCUGCAAAGCGCUCUUCAAACCCAAGGCACUCUCAUCUCAAUCAGAGCUGUCUUCGUUUUUAAAUCAAGGAACAUGACGGAAGGAAGAAAGACCAAAGAGUGAUCCCGAAAUAUGAUAAAUAAGAGCUGUACUUAUGUAACAUACUGAAAACGGCGGUAAAAUGUUUUAAAUCUUUCUAUUACAGGUCGUCGUAAUAAAAUGUUUCGACCAAGACUCUUAUCUAAAACACACUCAAGUAAACUAGCGAGGAAUGUGACACUUGUCAGAAUAUCAAAGGAGGAUACACCAGUAGAUUCUAUGAUACAAAGUUUCUGAAAGAUAACCAUCACUAACUUAAUUACACAUGAAACCGUUAAUAGACAAUAGAACACAAAUGUACCAUGAAAAAUUUCUGAGGGAAGAAGUAAAAUGAAGAGCGUCGAUAAACACUUGGAAAAUGCGAACACAAUAUGCCCAAAGCAAAGGGUUGUAACUUUUAAGUGAUGGAGAAGUUUUAAGCUCACAAAAUCGAUAUUUCAGAUUUAGGCUUUACUUCAGAUCAUUUCAAAAGGAUAGAUGUUGAAGCUUUGUAAAGAGAUUGAUGUUCA